UGAAGAAUUAAUUUAGACUGUUAAUUUAUUUAUUUGGUUCCAUCCUUUUCUUAGAAAAUAUUUUCCAUAAUUAAUCGAUUAAAUAGCUAUUAGAAAAUGUAUCUAAGGGAAAGAUGUGGCCAAAUAAAUUUAUAUGUUGUCUAGAUUAAUUUCUUGGCAACAUUUUCUAUAAUAAAUUAAAAUAUUUGUGGCGAAUAGUUGAGCAAUUUUUUUAGACUACGAAAUUAUUUAUUUAGCUACAUCCUUCUUUUAGCAAAAAUUGUUACAUACAAUCAAUUAAUUGUAUAAAUUUAGAUAACAAACUUGUGGCGUAUUUUGAUAUCAAAUUGAUAUACGUAAAAUAGUACAAAUCAGCAUUAAAAUAUCAACAACAAUUGUGAACAAUUUUGGUUCGCGAGACGCCGAAAGCGCCUCUCUGUGGCCAAAUGUACAAGCCUUAUUUCACGACAUAUUUUGUCCCAUUCCCAAUGUACAUAGUUGACUCUCCUGGUUUCUAGUCUUCUUGCAGUUUUAUUAUAUUUCAGUGGUCCAAGAGCGCUAUUUCGCCCUCUUUGUAUAAAUUUUAAAACUAAAAGAAAACGAGUCUCUUGACUUCUUGCUCUGCGGAACACUGGUCAACCCUCCUUAGUCCUUGUUUUCUAUCUAAUGUUCUUGGUUGCUUCAACAGUUCAACACUUGUUGAAUUUUCAUAACGUCUUUUUUAUGCCGGGUAGUAUUCUGUUUUUUGCAUUUGUCAUUUGUUUUAACCAAUAAAUAACUGUGACAAUGGGCGACAUACCAUGGAAGGAUUCACCAUUAAAUGAUAAGAAUAAAUUAUCGUCAGGUGCUCACAAUCAACAGUCAAAAAGUACGAAUGAAAAUUUAUUUGGUUCUGAAAUGCAUCAUGGCCAAAAACAUAAUAUAAGUGAUAAUCAAGAAUCAACAACUAGCAUUCCUGAUUAUAAUAAUGAAAGAAAUGCACAACAGUCUUCGAAUAGUUUUUCCCCUUGGCCUAGCAGCAGGCAGCUGCCCUCAGUUAUGGAAAAAUCAUUAUUAACGUCAACACCCAAUUAUCCUCUUACAUCGAACAACUUUGAAAAGGACAGAAGCAGAGGUGAAAAAAGAGACAGAAGUGAAGAAAACCAAUCCGACAGAAGCUCUGAAAAAGACAAAGGCAGAUACAAAGACAGUAGUCAUAAAAGAAGAGAUCGAAGUAGCUCUGUGGGAUACUUUGGACCUAGAGGUUAUCAACAUCGAGGCUACAAAAAAUCAGGGCCUGAAGAUUAUAGUCAUUCUCGAUCAGAGCGAGGUGCUCGUAAUACUAUCCAAAUGAAAGAAGAAAUCCGUGAGCCUAGAGACCAUCAUAAUUGGUCAAAAUCAAUAUCUCACUCAAAAAAUAACGGUGAAGUUAUUUUGGAUCCACCUCAAUCAAUUCCAAGAACAUCAUAUCCAACAGAUACAAUACCAUCGAAUUCAUUAGCCGAUGAUGACAUCAUUUUUGUUGGAAGACCAAGGAAACGACUCUCCAAACCUGAUACAGUUGUUAAUAUUUUUGAUGUUAGCCAAGCUCGUCGAAUUAAAAGUGAAACGAUAAAGACCGAGUUUAAUGAAACUGUACAAGUUCCGGAAAUUACUAUUUCGGUCCCGUCAAUGAUUCCAACGUCAUCAGUUUCAACGACACUGACUGCAAAUUCCAGUUUAUCAUCAGUACUUACAACGCCAUUAACAACUACUUUUGGUACAGUUGAUCCAUCCGUACCAUCUGUAUCGAAUCCAAUAGCAAGUCCAGUUAUAUCGAGACUAGUAGAAUCUCCUACUUUGCAGUAUGAAAUACCAAUGUCAACAACGUCGCCACCAGGUGAAAUUCCUAUAGUUGGUAUGUCAUUAAAAAUUGAACCUAAUGAUGUUCAAGAUGCAGCAAUUGAUGAAUCGCCUGAAUCAGCCGUUGAACAAGAUACACGAAUUCAUCCUAUAACGGCCACUUGUACAACUUGUCAACUACGAAUAAAACAUAUGUGUGAUAAAACUCCAUCUCGCGAAGAUGGUGCACAAACAUUGAAACCUGGUGAUCUAUUUUCUUGUAAAUGUAACUUUUUAUUUUUGCACAACUCAAAUUGUGGAGGGAAUAAAAAAAAAGAAUCUUUUGCCCCUGAAGCAAAACAACAAGGUCAUCUUAAACAAGUAGAUAGGAAUCAUGACUAUGAAUGCCAUGUUUGUAAUUUUAGAUUUUCACUUGGAGCGAUUAAGAAAGAUUUUUUUUUUACGAAAUUGAAUAAAACUGAAAUUAAUAUUGGUGAUCAUAAAUGUCUAUUGUUAAGAAAAUGCGAUGAAAUUAGCCGUCAAAAAUAUAAUCUUGAUGUUCGUACUUACCAAUAUGUUCCAAAUACAUCAGCAUUGUUUCGUUCACAAGAGGAAUUUGUCAGUAUACGUAGAGGAUUUAUUGAUAAAUGUAAUGACGGUUGCUGUAAAAUAUUUCAUGAGUGUUGGGCGAAAACUGAUGAGAACGAAAUUGGAGGAGAUAGUCAACAAAAUUAGAUAAAAAAGAUAUUACUAGUUGAUUAAAAUAAAAACUAUUGUAGGUUUAAAUAGAAAAAGAAUUACUACAUACCGUUUCUUUAUUAUUAUUGUAUUUCAAAAAGUCUAUAUAAUUUAAGUAUUGUGGAAAAUAAAAGCAAGGCUGAGCUAUACAGUUGAUUCUGUGUCAGGGUUCAUUGAAAUACAAAAUAAUUAAGAAAGACUGAAAUCAAAAAUAUGUAAUCAUAGAUAAACCUUGAAAUCACUAAACAAAAAAAUUUUUAUAUCGUUUGUUAAAUCGUUUUUUACUAAUUAAUAAAUUAUGGCUGAUUUUCUAAGGUUUAUCCAAUGUAAUAGCUAGUAUCAAAUAAUUAUAAAACACUACAUAUUAAGGAAGUUUAAACGAGAAUUACAAAGCAACAAAUGGUGCUACAAGGGCAUCUCAAUCAUAUAUAACAAGUAUUUAUAAAAUUUCACAGAGCUACUAACUUUUUGUUAGGUAGAUGAUUCUGAUGUUCUCGAAGACACAUUCAAAAAAAAUUAUGGCAACAUUUAUUACAAAUAACUGGAGCAACAUGAAUUGUUUAUCUCACUUACUGUCUUUUUUUAUACUCGCUUGUUCCGAUAACGUUGCCACGGUGCCUUAAUUCUCCCACUCUAAAAGUUUGAUUUUACGUAAAAUUAGAUACUUGUUUUUUUUUUUAACUUUCUAGGUGCUAAAAGUAAAUGUAAAUGUAUUUUUUUUUUUUUUUUUCCUGUAAAUAUCUCGAGAUUUUGAGAAAAAAAAUGACGGAAAUCUACUUAUUGCUGAAAUAUUUUAUAAUUAAUUUUGAUGAUAGGAAACCCUUUCUUUCGGAUUGAAUGACAAAUAACAAUAUUAGUGAUAAAAUAAGGUUUCCAAGCUAAGCUCGAAAAGUAACAAUUAUAAUAAGGUAAUAAACAUUAAGUUGUUUAUUUACUGUUUCUUUUGUACUGAAAAAAUGAUGAAUUAGUAUUAUAAAAAAAAAAAAUGAUUAAUUAUUCAAAAAGAAU